AUGGCGAUGGCAACUGCGAAUCGUGAUACUACCCUGAUAUCAGAGUUUGCUCCCCAUCCGAGUUUGACUGCUGCUUCUCCUGGAAGGCAGCUGUUUGUUGGAAACCUACCAUUUUCUGUACAAUGGCAGGAACUAAAGGAUCUGUUUAAGGAAUGUGGAACUGUGGUUCGCGCUGACGUGGCUACUACACCGGCUGGACGAUCGCGGGGAUUCGGCACAGUGCUAUUUGCGAAAUCGAGUGAUGCAGCAAAUGCAAUCGCCAGAUUUAGUCAGUACGAGUGGUAUGGAAGAGGAAUCGAUGUACGAGAGGAUCGUGCUCUUUCCACAGGAAAUACAGGAGUAGAAGGCCCUAUUGGAGGGCCUGCUAUAGAUACAACUCCAGGUUUACGAUCUGUAUAUGUUGGGAAUCUACCGUAUUCUGUUGGCUGGCAAGAUUUAAAGGCAAGAAUCUUUACACUACACUCUGCUCAACCAGCUUCUGAUCUUUUCAAGAGUGUCGGAAACGUCAUUCGAGCCGAUAUCCAACAGGACUAUCGGAAAAAGAGUAAAGGCUUUGGCACAGUGUUGAUGCAGACGCCAGAGGAAGCAAGGAAUGCAAUAGCGAAACUGAACGGAUACGAGUGGAAUGGCAGACAGAUAGAAGUCCGUGAAGAACGGACACAUCAGAACGACCAUGGUGCUGCUGCUUCUGGAGGCAGCACUUCAGCACCACAUCCAUAUUCUCCUGCUAUAGAUCCGGCGUCGAAUGGUGGAUCUGCGUCGAGUCGGCAGCUUUAUGUUGGGAAUUUGGUGUUUACGAUUCAGUGGCAAGAAUUAAAGGAUCUCUUCCGACAAGCUGGCAAUGUCGUUCGAGCCGAUGUUGCCCAAGAUGCUCAAGGCAGAUCUCGAGGUUAUGGCACAAUAGUGAUGGCUACUCCGCAGGAAGCUCAAGCUGCUGUGACGCAGUUUAAUGGUACAGACCUGCAAGGACGAACUAUUGAAGUUCGUGAAGACAAGUUUGCGGCUGAAACUACGGCGCUACCGGGGACGCAAGUGUUUGUUGGCAAUUUACCGUAUACGACGCGCUGGCAAGAUCUGAAAGAUGCCAUACGGAACACUGGCCUAAACCCCGUCCACGCCGACAUCAUGAUCGAGCAAGGAACCGGACGCAGCAAAGGAUGCGGCACAGUGCGCUUCACUUCAAGAGAAGAAGCUGAAAAGGCUGUUGAGGUUGUGAAUGGACUUAAUAUUGCCGGUCGCAACAUUGUGGUGCGAUUGGACAAGUUUGCGUAG